UGAGACUGACACUUUUAAUCUAACGUAUUAUGCAGAAAAAAGGAGACUUUGCCUAAUACUCGAGACCAUUACAAUGGCGAUUUUUGUCUCCCUCGAAAGGCUUGUUUCUUUCUUUAUACCAUCCAGCUGAAGCAUGUCAUGAAUGGAUUCCGGUUUUUAAGAUGUUUUAUGUUAACAGGCAAAUUAUGGGUUUUUAGUCCCAUAAUUUUUUUAAAACAGAUUAUUCAUAUGGUCUCCACACCGCGAUAUAAAGAUUUCCAAGUUACUUCGUCUGAGCAAAAAAUACAUAAGGCAAGUUUUGUUCCAUUCAGAUUUUUUGCCAUGCAAAAAAUGUUCAAACAUUGAGAAGAUUUAAAACACUAUUUAUACAGCGUUCUAGCCACCGAAAAAUUAGAGAAAAACAUUCUCAGAUUCGAGUUCAUUUUACUUAAAUCUUAGAUUGUUUGAAAGAGGACAAUUUUUUUUAAUAGGACGAUUUCAGGAGUCGGCGUUUUAAACUGUCACGCCAUGCUAACAUAUAACGCGAUGUUAUAUUGAGUAAAUGAUUCUGUCCUUUGAAAAGUAGUUUAACACAGUUUCGCUUUCAUAAGGCCUUGUCAGCCAAGUGUCAUGCAUUGGAAACAUAGUGAACUCCACUCAGGCAGGAACAGAGAGCAGUCAUUGUGCUAAUUCUGGUUGCUCACACGUCUACCACUUUAAAACCUUUUGAUUGUGCCGGCAUCCGUGAACUUCAGCAAGACGUCACUGCUCUGACAAAAGUCGAAAAAUAAUCCGCUGACUCGUCGUGGGUGACGGUUAAUUAUGUUACUUUGAUGAUGUCACAGACUCAGAUGAAAACCAUUUCUUUCAGUUUCGGGUUCCUCAUUUCUGAGCUCUGUGAACUUUUAUGUGGAAACAAAUCAUGUGCUUAUCUUUGAAAGAGCAGUUUCGUCGUAGAAAUCUGUGGCCAUGUGACGCAGACAGAGCUGAUUUUUCUUCGUCGAUGUGGCUAACUGGCCGCGCUUUCAUUGUAUACCGAGUGCUCCUUGCAUUGUACACUACAGCAAUGACAGUGCUUGGGGUGAUUGAGAGGCAAAACCAGGGUCUGAAAUGGUUGAUCUUCCUUACGAACUGGAGCUACACGUUCGUUAAUUUACACUUUGUCACUCAAGCGUUUCUUGUGUGUUAUUAUCAAGCGCUACAGCCGCGUAACGGUAACGCAACAAGCUGCGGAGACGACGAAGAAUACGAUGAAGAAAGUGAAUGCGAUGGUAACUCUGAUCACGUACCAUUCAUGUUCAGUGUCGAGCUACAACUGCCUUUAGUCUGCAAGGUAUCCUGGAUCAUUUGUGAUAUCGCUUCAAACAUUGCCUUCCCAGUGACCGUGAUGUUCUGGAGCCUAGUUUAUAUACCUGGACAACAUUUUGACUUUGUUACGUUUAACACACAUGCUUUGAACUCUGUGUUAAUAGCUAUCGACACCAUGGUAAGCUCUAUUCCAGUUAAGUUAUUGCACAUUAUCUACCCCAUCAUAUUCAUCACUGUUUAUUUAAUAUUCUCCAUUAUUUACUGGGCCUGUGGGGAAACAGAUCCAUCUGGACACCCAUACAUUUACUCUGCCCUUGAUUAUAGUGGACAUCCGAGGAGAGCUGUUAUAACUAUUUGCUUGUUUCUUUUUGUUGGUAAUGUGAUGUCGCAGUUGCUUCUGUUUGGACUUUAUAAGCUGCGUUUGAAGUUGAACUGCUCUCGGAAUCGACUGAUUUGAACAGUCAAGACUAUAGUUUUCAUUAGCGACGUAAGUAUAAGCGAGAGCACAAACGAAAUCAUAAGGUUAAUAUGCCAAAAGAAAACAAACGUCAACAAGCAAAAGCACUGGCACAAGAAAAAGGAAAAAAACUUGAUCCUUGUGCUUGUGCUCUUGGUUGCGCUAGUGUUUAUACUUGCGUCGAGACCGUUUUUGUGGUGAAAUAAGACUCGGAGCUGUUACGCAUGUGCUUUUGCUUGUGAAAACCGGCUUCCACAGGAAACAAGAACCUGAAUCAGUGGAACUGAACACUUCUUCAUAAAAGUUUAGAUUUUGCAUUCUAUUUUUGCUAGAUUUCUAAGUGCCUUCAAACGCUAAUCGAUUCAACUUACGUGCUUCAGUUUUGCUUUCAAUUUAAGGAUUACGUCUUUUUUAGUGCAAUUUAUUAAUAACGCUGUCGUCAUCAGCAUAAUAAGGACUUUGAAUUGUUUUGAUUCAAGCCAGAAAUAAAGCUCACUUGCAUA